AUGUUAAUCUCUUUCGAAUAUCUUCUUACAUGUGAUGCUGAUGAAUUGGGUAUGCUUGAAGAUUCUGUUGAAGCAAUUCAUGCAUUAGAAAAUGUUCAUGUACGUUUUGUACCUGCAACUAAAAAUAAUAAUUUACUUCAACCUCGAUUUUUCGGUACAAGAUUUUAUUGUAAAGUUGUGAUACCAUUACCGGCUCAUAUGUUUGCUCAAUUACCACAAAAAUUGAAAGAUGGUGCAUCGAUUCGUAUUGUGCCAAUCGUAUUCAAUAUAGGUAUUGAUCAUCGAGCAUCAAUUGCGCGAAUGAAGGCGUUACAUUUCUUCAGCUCAACACAGGUUGAAAAUGACCUCAAUUAUAACAAUUUAGCCAAACUAAAAGCCUAUAUUAAUAAAAGUGUCGAUAAUUUACCAGAUGACAUACCUGAUUUAAUGAAAUUACUUGAACAUACAAUCUAUUUGAAUAAACCAAAAAAUGUUGAUAUUUUUCCACUUGCUGAAAAAAUUUGUCGUCGAGCAUAUGGAAUACGAGUCACUGGUUGUAAAAGUGCUAAAGAUCGUACAUCAAUGAGUUUUACAUUAGAACAAGGACAAUUACUUGUAAAUAAUCAUAAUAUUGAUCAACAUGAUUUACAAGAUGUACUUAAUCAAUUUCGACGUAAUGGUACAUCAAUUGAAAAUGCACUUGCUAAUACAGGCGCUAAGGCAUAUGCUUUUUCAUAUAUACAAUUACGUACAUUUCCAGAAUAUUAUCGUGCUCAACCAGGCACUUACGGCAAUGUUCAAACAUAA